CUCCCGCGGCUCCUGUCGGCGGCGGCCGACUCCGCGCUUCUCCGGGCUGGGGGCUCGUUCGUCCGCCGUCCGAAGCGCCAUGAGUGCGGCGGGGCUGCUGGCCCCCGCGCCGGCCCCGGCCGGAGCGCCGCCGCCCCCCGAGUACUACCCGGAGGAGGACGAGGAGCUGGAGAGCGCGGACGACGACGAGCGCAGCUGCCGGGGCCGCGAGUCCGACGAAGACACCGAGGAUGCUAGUGAAACUGACCUGGCCAAGCACGAUGAGGAGGACUACGUAGAAAUGAAGGAACAGAUGUAUCAGGACAAACUGGCUUCCCUCAAGAGGCAAUUGCAGCAACUGCAGGAAGGUACGCUACAGGAGUAUCAAAAGAGGAUGAAAAAGCUGGAUCAGCAGUACAAAGAGAGGAUACGAAAUGCAGAACUCUUCCUCCAGUUGGAGACUGAACAAGUGGAGAGAAAUUACAUUAAGGAGAAGAAAGCUGCAGUGAAAGAAUUUGAAGACAAAAAGGUGGAGUUGAAAGAGAACCUGAUUGCUGAACUAGAAGAAAAGAAGAAAAUGAUUGAAAAUGAAAAGCUAACAAUGGAACUGACUGGAGAUUCCAUGGAAGUGAAGCCCAUCAUGACCAGAAAGUUGCGGAGGCGGCCAAAUGAUCCUGUGCCCAUCCCGGACAAGAGGAGGAAGCCCGCUCCUGCCCAGCUAAACUAUUUGUUAACAGAUGAGCAAAUCAUGGAGGAUCUGAGAACAUUAAAUAAGCUUAAGUCACCCAAGAGACCAGCAUCGCCGUCCUCACCAGAGCACUUACCUGCCACACCUGCAGAGUCUCCAGCCCAGAGAUUUGAGGCUCGGAUAGAAGAUGGCAAAUUAUACUACGAUAAAAGAUGGUACCACAAGAGCCAAGCCAUCUAUCUAGAGUCCAAGGACAACCAGAAACUGAGCUGUGUGAUCAGUUCCGUCGGAGCCAAUGAGAUCUGGGUGAGGAAGACGAGUGACAGCACCAAGAUGAGGAUCUACUUGGGCCAGCUUCAGCGGGGGCUCUUCGUCAUCCGCCGGAGGUCAGCGGCAUGAUGGUCUCCAGUGUCUUCCCUCAGCCCUUUUUCCGGAGUGGGGUUUCAUUUCACUUUGUUCUGUUCUCAAUAGAAAACUCUUUUUAAAAAAAACUUGAGAAAGAACUGCUCGUGGGCCCCCAGAAAAUGGCGAACACUGCUGUGUACUCUGCAAGGCACUCUGGGACCAGUCACCUCCAGCUUUGCGUCCUUCCUGCCUGCCUCUGCUCCCCUAGCGAUUUCCCAAGGAGACCAGUAUAUCCGGGGGAGAUAGGGAGUUGUUGGAUUGACUUGUUUCUCUGUCGUUUUUGACUUUGAGUUUGAAGGGACAGCUUCGUGUGUGUGUGUGUGUGUGUGUGUGUGUGUUUAAUAUUCUCUAGGCCUUCUAUGAAAAGGAGCAGAGAGGGAUAACACUCUGUAGCAUGUUUUCAUGUUUUGAAUCUGAUUAGCAGAUCUCGUAGCUAUUUCCUUUGUCGAGCCCAGCUCGCUGCUUUCCCAGAAGCGGGGUCGCAAAGGUCCUAGCAGAUGGAGAUGGAUUUUCCUGGCUCUCAGCCUUCUCUGAGAAAUAAGCGCCUCAUGCAGCAUCUGGUGCAUGCCAUCCGUUUUGCUGCCUGGGAGCCUGUGUGCCCUGAAGGAAAUGGGUUGGGGGUAAAGGCGUUCCAUAUUCAGGACCCGCUGAAGGUACCACAUUCUGAAAUCCAUCUCCCACGAGUGGUUUAUUUGAACACGCUUGCUCUGGCCACAGCUGGAGCAAGAAGCGGUAGUUUCAGAAGUUUUCCUGCGUAAUUCAGUUCUCACCCCACCCCUGGGUAGAUGGAGUGGUAUAUGCUGCAGGCCGGUCAUCAGAGAGGGAGACGGGAUUGACAGUGGUGUGCAGUCACCCACACUUCAGGUUGCACCUUGGUGGCCCAUGGUGUCUGGCUCCCAGCCUUGCAGGAGAUUUGGCUGGGAAGAGCGCGGCAGGGUCAAGGCUGCCACUCCACUUCCUCCCAAGUCCUCAUGAAAUGGUCUCACGUGGGCUCCUGCUCUCUCAGCCUCGUCCCUGUCUCUGGAGGCAUAGUUUCCUGGGAGAUGGGCCUUCCUGUGGUCGGUCACCUUAAGAUGUGAGAGCAGCUGUGACAUGUCUGGGUCAGCCUGACGUGUCCUAAGCAACCUUUGCAAGUCAUUCCCCUCUCUUCACGUGGUUUCUCUGUGUGCCGUGGGGGCUUUGACCCCAAGUAGACCACCUUCUCGCAAGCCCUGGCUUCAGUGCUGACCAAGCCUUACAAGAGCGAGACUUGUACAGAUAACAUACCUGAUUUAAUUUAUACCCCCCGCCCCACACACACCCCCAGGGUGAUAGAGUCUCAUUUAGAAGACAGGAUAACUGAUACUGUUUAGCAGAAGCUGCCUGGGUCUUCUUCGGUGUUUCUUCUCUGCCCUCUAACCCUUCUCAGAGUGCGGGUCACUGUGGUGAAGUGUAAACAGGAGCUUCACGAUGGCCUUUGCCAGAAAGGACUUCCCUUGCUUCAGCUGUCACCGUGCUGUGUGUAGCACCUGUAAUACUCAGCUGUUGGUGACCAAUUGGCUAAUGCCCAGAGAUAGAAAGUGAGGUGUGUUUGGUGGGCCACCCUCAGGAGCAGUGAUUAAGAAAAUCUUAUUGGUCCUUCUCAAUGGUGUGCCAAAGUUUGGGGGAAGGGAAGAAAACUGUUUGGAUAGCCCCUAGGGGUUCUGCACCAAGGCGGCAGCAGCAGCUUGGUUAAUCACCUGUUGGCACUUCUGUGCUUUUGUGAAGUGACUGUUUUCAAGACCAGAGUAUGGGCACUUUGGCUCUUUCUCUUCUGUAAGUUUUGAGGGUGUUUGAAACCCACGCUGGGGGCCUGGUCUCUACCACAUCAUGGCCUACUCCUCAGUGUCCUCACAGCCCGUAAUCAUGAACCGGAAAAAAAGAGGGGAGAUGUGAAACACAGCUUCAUAAGUCAUACUCCUUACUUGAUGUCCCCAAGCAAGUUUUCAUCGUUGAACCAGCCACCCCAGAGAUGAAAAACCACUGCACCACCUGUGUACUGACUGACUGGUGGGGAGAGCCCUUUGCUAAAGAGGGAACUGACCUCUAGCCCAGGUGACCAUUCUCUCUCCAGGUCUUUCUUUCACUAGACCCCAGGGUGCCAGAUGAAUCAUGAGAUUCAAACUACUUCCUUCAAGUGAUCCUUUGGAAGAAGCCUGUCCAGAUAGUUGUGAUCUGGAAGGGGUAUGUGUGUGUGUGUGUGUGUGAGAGAGAGAGAGAGGAGAGACGAGACAGACUGAUCGAGAACCUGUAUUGUUUGGGGCAUUUGCCUCAAGUAUUAUACACAGCGUUUGCUGUGGCUAAGUCCCAAUAUUUAUUUUACCUCUGCUUGGGGGCUUUUGUGUGCUCCUACCCUCAUCCUCAGCCAACCCCAGCCCCCCCCCCCCCCACACACACACACCAGAUUCCCUAUCUCCCUAACUUUCUCCUCUUGACAAACUAGAUGUCUGUAGCCAUACCAAAGCCAGGACGUUUUCAUUCACUUGAAUGCCACUUUCCUCCCCUCACCCCUAGUAGAGGUGGGAGGGGUCAGCGUAAGUUCCCAGAGAAUGAUCUACAAAAUCAAGCUAUGUGUGUAUUUGUGUGCAAGGCCCUGUGUUCAGAAUGGGGUGACUUUUCUAAGAGAAAUACAGUAGGUAGGAUAGGGUUGGUUGUUGCCCUUUUUUCCUUUUUUUUUUUUUUUUAACCUAAUUGGGGGGUGGAGAAGGGAGGGUUUCUAUUUUUUACAAUGCUUUUGUUUUUCUAUUACCAUUACCUUGGAUUUUUACAUUUCCUCUUGACUUAAAUUUUUGGUUCCUAAUCUGAGACUUUGAAAUCUUAAUACUUAAAAUGUUACACCCAUUUUGCCCCCAAAGAGUUCAGAUUACUUUACUACCAGAACAUGGUUUUAAAAAAAAGUUUCAAGCAGCUGGUGGGCUUUUUAUAUAAAAAUUUCACUAACUGGUACCAUGAAAUAUUCUGAGAGGUGAAUGUAAAAAGUAUAGGUUUUUUUUUUUUCCUUAAAUAAACUUUUCAAAAAGAAAACCA